AUUCAGUUUAUUGUCACCUUGUCUCUCUCGAUCCCCAAUUCGUGGACUAGGGUUACCUUUUUAUACACACUCAUCGCGCAAAAACAAACGAAUCCAGAUCGGAAAAAUGGCGAUGAGGAGAGUAUACAGCGAGAUCAAAGGCAAGAAAGUGAAGGAGCUUCCUUCCUACAUCAAAUCCUCGUUUUCAACUCAAUCCGUGAAGACAUAUGUGAAGAAAGGUCUCGAUAACUACAACGACAAAUACAUUCAGACAAGCUCCGUCCAGCCUCUCCUCCAUAUCUGUUUCGGAGGCAUGGCUUUCUCUUACCUCGUCGCUCUCCCUCACGAGCGUCGCCAUCUCGAGCACCAGCAGCAUGCUAAGGAGCACGGUGGUCAUUGAUCUCUCCAGAGGUUGGUUUCUGCGAUUAUGACGAGUGAAGAAUGAAUGUCUUGUUAUUUCCUUUUUUUUCUUGAAACUCCUGGAUUGAUAUUAUUGUUGAUCUAAAGGAAAACCUUUUUUUUUUUUU